GACGAACGAGCGAGCGAGGCCGGCGCCCUCUCCGGAGACGCCCGGGGCCGGGGUCCACGCUGAGGCAGGACGGACUUCUUCAGAUAAUUCUUCCUGUAAGAUGAAUUAAGGGAAGAGGACACUUAGUCUUCAGGCAUGGAGAGCAGUUUGUCAGUUUCCAGUAUGCAAGACCCUUCCUCUUCUCCCUUGGAAAAGCACAUCGACUCAGCUAAUGGAAAUGGAGACCUUGAUUCAGAAGACUCCAGCUUGGAGGAAAUUGGUUUUAACUGGGGAGACUAUUUGGAAGAGACAGGUGCUAGGGCUGCCCCACACACAUCCUUCAAACAUGUUGAAAUCAGCAUUCAGAGCAACUUCCAGCCAGGAAUGAAGUUGGAGGUAGCCAACAAGAACAACCCAGAUACGUAUUGGGUGGCCACGAUCAUCACCACCUGUGGGCAGCUGCUGCUGCUGCGCUACUGUGGUUACGGGGAGGACCGCAGGGCUGACUUCUGGUGUGAUGUGGUCAUAGCUGAUCUGCACCCUGUGGGGUGGUGCACACAGAACAACAAGGUGCUGAUGCCCCCAGACGCAAUCAAAGAGAAGUACACAGACUGGACAGAAUUCCUCAUACGCGAUUUGACUGGCUCUCGGACAGCACCUGCCAACCUGCUGGAAGGUCCUCUGCGAGGGAAAGGCCCUAUAGACCUCAUUACAGUUGAUUCCUUAAUAGAACUUCAGGAUUCUCAGAACCCUUUUCAGUACUGGAUAGUUAGUGUGAUUGAAAAUGUUGGAGGAAGAUUACGCCUUCGCUAUGUGGGAUUGGAGGACACUGAAUCCUAUGACCAGUGGUUGUUUUACUUGGAUUACAGACUUCGACCAGUUGGUUGGUGUCAAGAGAAUAAAUACAGAAUGGACCCUCCUUCAGAGAUCUAUCCUUUGAAGAUGACCUCUGAGUGGAAAUGUGCUCUGGAAAAAUACCUUAUUGCUGCCGCAGAGUUUCCUCUUCCAAUGGAAGUAUUUAAGGAUCAUGCAGAUUUGCGAAGCCAUUUCUUCACUGUUGGGAUGAAGCUAGAGACAGUGAAUAUGAGUGAGCCCUUUCAUAUCUGUCCUGCAUCAGUGACCAAGGUUUUCAACAAUCAUUUUUUUCAAGUGACUAUUGAUGACUUAAGGCCAGAACCUAGUAAACUCUCAAUGCUGUGCCAUGUAGAUUCUUUGGGGAUUUUGCCAGCACAAUGGUGCCUUAAAAAUGGAGUCAAUCUCACUCCUCCCAAAGGGUACUCUGGCCAGGACUUCGACUGGGCAGAUUAUUACAAGCAGCAUGGGGCAGAAGAAGCACCUCCCUUCUGCUUCAGAAAUACAUCAUUUAGUCGGGGCUUCACUAAGAACAUGAAACUUGAAGCUGUGAACCCUAGGAACCCAGGAGAACUCUGUGUGGCCUCUGUGGUCAAUGUGAAGGGGCGGCUGAUGUGGCUGCACUUGGAAGGUCUUCAGACUCCUGUUCCAGAGGUCAUUGUUGAUGUGGAAUCCAUGGACAUCUUCCCAGUGGGCUGGUGUGAAGCAAAUUCUUACCCCUUGACUACACCACACAAAACAGUCUCACAAAAGAAGAGAAAGAUUGCAGUUGUACAGCCAGAAAAACAAUUGCCAUCCACAGUGCCUGUAGAGAAAAUACCUCAUGACCUUUGCUUAUUCCCCCACCUGGACAUGACAGGAACUGGCAAUGGGAAGUACUGUUGCCCGCAGCUGUUCAUCAACCACCGGUGUUUCUCAGGCCCAUACCUGAACAAGGGCCGGAUCGCAGAGCUACCUCAGUCGGUGGGGCCUGGCAAGUGUGUGCUGGUUCUUAAGGAGGUUCUUAGCAUGAUCAUCAAUGCAGCCUACAAGCCUGGUAGGGUAUUAAGAGAGUUACAACUGGUGGAAGACCCAUACUGGAAUUUUCAGGAAGAGACACUGAAGGCAAAGUACAGAGGCAAAACAUACAGAGCUGUGGUCAAGAUAGUGCGAACCUCUGACCAGGUAGCAAACUUCUGCCAGCGUGUAUGUGCCAAGCUAGAAUGCUGUCCAAAUUUGUUUAGUCCUGUGCUGAUUUCUGAAAACUGCCCAGAGAACUGCUCCAUCCACACCAAAACCAAAUACACUUAUUAUUAUGGAAAGAGAAAGAAGAUCAUUAAGCCCCCAAUUGGGGAAAGCAACAUUGAAAGCGGACAUCCUAAACCAUCCAGGAGAAGGAAGAGACGAAAAUCCAUCUUUGUACAGAAGAAACGGAGAUCUUCAGCCGUGGACUUCACAGCAGGCUCUGGGGAGGAAAGUGAGGAGGAGGAUGCAGACGCCCUGGAUGACGACACUGCUAGUGAGGAGACUGGCUCUGAGCUCCGAGAUGACCAGACAGACACCUCCUCAGCAGAGGUGCCCUCGGUGCGGCCCCGGAGGGCUGUUACCCUGCGGAGCAGUUCAGAGCCUGCCCGCCGGCCACCUGUGGAGAGGGCACGAAGGGGCCGCCCGGUGCCCACUACUCCCUCUGCCGAAGAGGGGGACAAGGGCCCACCUGCCAAGCCUGAGGGCUCAGAGGACAUGAAACAGGAGGACGAGGAAAGGCUCAUCCUGGAGAGCAACCCAUUGGAGUGGACAGUCACCGAUGUGGUGCGGUUCAUUAAGUUGACAGACUGUGCCCCGUUGGCCAAGAUCUUCCAGGAGCAGGACAUCGAUGGCCAGGCACUCCUACUGCUGACUCUUCCAACCGUGCAGGAGUGCAUGGAGUUGAAGCUGGGACCUGCCAUCAAGUUAUGUCAUCAGAUUGAAAGAGUUAAAGUGGCUUUCUACGCCCAGUAUGCCAACUGACCCCCCUCCAGAGGUGGCCCAUUAUCUUUGCAAUGCAUUGUUUGUGAAGGUUUUCAGGACUGAUACUUUGAUUUUUCUGGGGUACGUGAAAUGGUAUUCACUAUAUAUCAGCCAGAAGCCCAAGACCUCCUUCCUCCACCAGCCUGUUUGAUAUUUUCAUCUUUUUAAAGCACACAGAAGUACCACAGCAGUGACUUCUGGGGAGUAUAGUUACAGUCCUGCAUCAGACUCUGCAGGCAAUAUGAAAGAGCUUCUUUUUGUGCCCACAUUUCACCUUUCUCCUGCCCCAAACCAGGCAGCUUCCUUUAAGCAAGGUUUCCUAAACUGAGGCCCACAUUCUUUUAGAACUAAGUUGGGCACAGUUGACAUCUUCUGAAAUAUAACCAAGAAGCAUAUGUAAUCCUUUGCUGGUAGUUUUUGUUAUGAUCCUUCUCAGGCAUAUUUAUAGAUGUACCUUUCCCAUCAAUACAUGUGCGACCAUGGCUCAGUGGCACCUGCUAUCCCCAUAUGUUGAUCUUGGUGGCAACUCCUUUCUCUGAUGCAGUUGUGACUGAUAUUUGAGGAUGCUAUUAUAAAACACUGCGCUGAACCUCCAUCCUCAGAGGUGCCUUUCAGUAUGUAUGGGGACCAAGGGGAAGCUGGUUGUCGGGAAGUAACGAGACAGCUUUUCCUGAGUGACUGAACCUGGAAUAUCUAUGGAGAUUAUUCUAUCCACAAUCUGCUAAAGAAUCAUAAUAUUCUAAUUUAAUUGUAACCAGAUCAAGGAGUGACUACUACAGGCAAAUGUCAAUUUGGAAGAAGCAGUUCAUCAAUUAGUGACAUCCCCUUAGAAGGAUCACUGCAGCAUAUAACUGCAAAUGAGUCCCGCUGCACAUCCCUUCUGUCCAUUUCUGCCCUGCCUAGAUGCUUUUUCAACAGGCAUGAGGAAGCAAGACCCUGGCCAGACACAGCAGAUUGUGCCCUGGAGUUGCAGGCAGUGGUUCUCAUCCUGGCUUUGCUAAUGACCAAUUGUGGGAUAUUGGGCAACUUUCCAUUACUCUGCACCUCAGUCCCCAUAAAAGGAUGGACGUGGACUCUUAGGAGGGCAUGGGGCUAGCAUCUGUCUCCUUUUGUCUCCUCCACACUCCUACUGGAAGGAAAGUUCAGGUUGACCAAAAGGAGAAAAGAAAGAAGAAGCAUCCAACUCCAGUCCGCCAUUCUGAAGCUCAUGCUAGCUUUGAGGUUGCUUAUGGAAUUCCUUGGACAGUUGUGUUAAAUUAGCUAAGAUACUUGCAGACAAAUCUGUUGUUCUGAGAAGUGCUUGGCCUUUUAUACCCAGCACUUCAUCUGUGUGUUUUAUGAGGGGCUCAGUCUGCUUAUGCAAACCCAAAAGAACUGCUCUGCUCCAAUGUGGUUGCCUCAUUGCCUUUUUAAAUUGACACAAGGAAACCAAGCUUUAUGUUGUUCAUAAGUGGACCCUCACAGAUGCUUUAUGCCUUCUGACUUUUUUGUUGUUCUUUGUUUUGUUGUUUUUGCUUUGUUUUUACCUUAAUUAUGUUGAUCUUUUUCUUUGAUUAGAGUCUCUCAAUCUUUCCAGUAAUCCGAUAUGGUGGGGUUCUUAAGUGUUCCAUGUAUUAUUCAUGUCAGUGUUAACAUUCUGUAACAGCUGCAGUUGAGCAUGAAAAACAGAUAUUUUGUGCUUGAGACUUUGUAGUCUUUCCUGCAGCUGAUUUCUACAGUCCAGCUUUUAAUGCCUGCGAAUGAAUCUGUCUGGGCACCUCUGAUGUGGGAGGCUUUUGUCCUGCGUGACGUUGGCAAGACAAAAAUGUCCUGGUGAUUUGUAGUUGGCUUGCAGUUGCAUAACUCUCUUCCAACCUAAAGUGUGACCUCUUCUCACUUCCUCUAGCCACGUGCUUUUGGCCUUAAAUGCUCAGUAAAUGGAGUUAAACUGACCAGCAUUGGAAAGGGUAUCCAUUUCAAGAUCAGUGACAUUUUGUCUGUGCUGACUCCUUUAUGAUCCUUCACUGUGGCCUUUUCAAUCUGAGCUGUUUCUGUUGUGUUGGAAGUGAAGAUGAGAUAUCACAGCUACAACGUAAUAUUGUACUUUAAGGAUGAAUGCACCUUUUUGUGCCCUUUCCAGUAAUGUUAUGGAGAGGAAGUGCUACAUCAGAAGUCCAGGAGAUUCCUUAGUCUGUGCCGAGAGCUAGAGCAUCACACAUCAGGAAGCCCAAGCAGGUUAUGCAACCAUUGCUGGGAGAAGCUUUUUGCUUCCCAUGAAGCUAAAUGUCCAACAUUCUCCUUAUCCUUCGGCCUUGCAGUUUAACUUCAGUUUGUCUCUACAUAGUAUCAGCCACUUUGUGGACUUCAGCUUUGUGUGCAUGUGACAAGGAGAAAAUGACUGUACUCAGAGCAGAAGAGCGUCCGGCUCUGGGGCCAUCAUCCUGAAUGUUGUCUAUGUGCCAUCUUCCCAACCCUCCAGGAGAGCUGAGAAACUUUGCAGAAACAAAGAGAGCUGUCAGUGUCUCCCUGAAUUUGGAUUAUUUGGGGAUUCCACCAUAGUGGAUAUAUUUCUUCACAUCAGCAGCAAUUCUGUGACAGAAUUGUAAAGUAGCUUUCACUUUUCUCUGGAUUCACCUCUCACCAGCUUUUGUCUUAAAGACAGAGCCAGUGUCCAAGGAGGAUUGUGCUCUGUUGUGUCCCUGUUGCAGAAAAAAUGGAUUUUACACAUAUACCCCAUGUUGCCACAACCCAUGAGCCAAACAUUUCUUGGUCUAAAUACCAACGAAUGAUGCCUCAUCCAUGGAUGGUACCCUUUCUCUAUGUGUCUUUGAUCUUCCUUUGAGUCCAAAGUCCUCUCCUUUAUACAACUGGACAGUGUACAUCUUGACACUCAUUACCUCCUGGACCUGGCCAAGCAGGCUCCUUGCAGUCAGCACUGUGUGUAUAACCCAAGAAACAGAAAUGUCAUUUUCAACAUGAUGAGAGUCCGUCGCCCAAACUUGCCCCAAAACUAAUGGGGCUGGUUUCGGUCCCUAACUUCUGGCUGUAUUUGUACUGUGUUGUAAAACAUCCUGUCCACAAAAGAACAGCCUGAAAAGAACAGGGUACUACAGGCAUUACAGAACUUCUUUGCUUUUCACAGCAAUUCCUUCUCCAUGGAGCUCCACAGAGAACUCGUUUGUCAGUUUAAAAAUUAAAUUCCUUUGAUCAGAGUUUGAGUCACACAUAGUAUUUGAUCUGUACAGCUACUUAGAUUCCUCUACCUUAUUUGAUCAUAUUCAAAAGAUCAUUUCCUGUGUGUUCAACUUUGAUUUGUUCCUCAAUAAAUUAAAAUGAUCCAAACCUUAACACUGCCACUUCUGACCUUUACUACAAUCUCUAGAAGGUUGAUUUUGAUCAGCCUUUUGAAGAUUGGUUUGUUUCCUAAUUUAUCAUAGAAUUUUGAGUGUUGUAUGAGGCAAGUGCUGAAUUUGCCUUCUGUCUUAUACCAAACAUCCCUUUAUAACAGCUGUCCCUCAGUGGGAAGCACUAGGGGUUUUCAGACUAGUUUUGUAGAACACCCAUGUAUAUUUAUUUCUGUACAUAGGACUAAAACAAAACAAAGGAGUGUUGAGGUCUUUGUUGUGGUUUGACAUCAUUGCUGCUUUGGGUUAAGAUAGUGAUUCUAGGCUCCAGUUACUCUAUAUCCUGUCUUUAGAAAGCUGUGAUUGAGUGUGCAAUUAUUUGAAAGAAAAAAUAGUAAAUUAAGAUACCUGUAGUUUUUAAAGAAGAAACUUUUGGAAAGGUGUACAUUCUGUCUGUGUCUAUUUCGUGCAAUAAUUAAAUAAUAAGGGAAAGCUAUAUUCAUAUUGACAACUAUUAACAACUUAAUAAUUCUUUUAACUUCUUUUCUGUUCAAAAGUUUCGUGGAAAUUACUCCCUUUAACUUGGUUCAGUUUUUAAGUUGAUUAAUUCUCAUAGCUCUUACCAGUAGAAUGAUUUACAGAUAUCUAAAACAUGAUAUGAUGAAAUCAAAUUUUGACCCAUUUACCUAAAAAUUGUAAUUGCAGACAUAUGGUGCUGCCUUGAGUUUUGGAUAAAAGCCUCUCUAUUUUAAGUGAUAAAUAACAACUCAAGCAGUUCCUGGAGCUGGAGUCUUACUGGACUUGUCCUCCGUGGCCACCACCCAGCGCCAGUGAGAUGUAGACCCUGUCACAUAACCAAGGCACAGCAGUGCUUCAUGUGAGCUGAAGAGGUGCACUGAAGAAAAAGGAACAUUCUAGGACAAUCGUUUGCUGAAAAACCACCUUAAGAUGGGAAAUUUGAGGCAAAUUUUUCUGAGUUACAGAGAAAGUAAUCAUUUCACUUCUUGUUCAGAAUGGAAGCUAGCAUGAUCUCUAGAAGUAUAGACUAUCCCUAGUCAAGAAUGUCGGAAGCCCUUUAACCGUGUUGCAUUCCAAUUUGAAUAGUUUGUAUUGAUAUUUGAUUCAUAUCUUGUGUGUGUUUUGGUGCAUAAAAGGGAACAAUUGGUGUCUUGAAAUUUGCGGGACAGGGCAUGCAGUUAGUUUGCUGUAAGAUGGUAUUCUGUACAUAUGUUUUCAUGUAAAUAAAUGAAAAUCUAUAUCAGAGUUAUAUUUUAAUUUUUAUUCUAAAUAAAAAACCCUUUUUACUUGAAAAGAAACUUGUAAGCCACAUUGUUAAAUAAAGCAAAAAUAAAUUCUA